UUAGGGUUAGAGAGAUAUAUGUAUCUGGCUAGUAAGCAUCAUGCUGAUACUAAUCGCUACUACACACUAUUUAUUUGAUACUAAUAAUAACAGCCACAGUAACCCCGACGAUCUCUUCAAGUCAUUCAUACAGCAGCCCCAAAUGCAGACGUUCUCGACUUGAACGUGAUAGACGACGAAAAGUGGAGGCCUCAGGUUCUAAACCCGAUCAGGAAGGUGGACGCCAAAGUCCAAAUGGACUCCACGCGGCUUGAUAAAAAGAGACUCCACACUUGACGAUAAUCGCCGGCCCCACAAUCCUUGUGUUGCCUCGCUUCCUGCGCGGUUUUAAGCCAGAAUCUCUUGAUCGCAACUGAUCCUGAUCAUUACAAGUUCCUUGUUCGGCAUGUCGACCCCGCGCCAUCGGUCUUACAACGGAUGUUGGACCUGCAAACGGGUCAGGAGGAAAUGCGACCGAGCCCGACCAGCCUGCAAAGCGUGCAGUAGCCGUGGAGUGCCCUGUGAGGGAUACGAGAUAAGGCUGCGGUGGGGAUCGGGCAUUGCGUCGCGUGGCCGAUUCACGGGCGCCGAAGAGCCAGUGGAGGCUUCUAUUCCUCCUCGAGUCAAGGGCAGACGGCGCGAUCUGAGUCGAGAAAGGCGCCGAAAACCUGCCAAAGUCGCCAAUGGUAAGGCCGAGGCGGAUUCUUCUCAUCUCAAGCCAGGAGCCGAACAGACUGCCGACGUACGAUUGAACGAACAAGAUCGAUUGUUUCAAGAGUUUCGUUCGUCCGGAAUCAAUGUCCUCCAUUCGACCUCGGUCAACGAUGCGCGGAAUCUCCUCCAAUCCAGGCUGCCGAUCUUGUCUCAACAGUCAAGCUCCUUAUACGCAAUAUGUGUAGCACUCCAGGCUUCUCUCACACCAAAUGUGCAGCCUCGCUUUUAUGAGCAUUUCGAUGUAGCUUUGAAUUUGUUCCGCACAGAACUGUCAAGCAAUGCGACAUACCUGGAGGAUGGGACCUUUACGGCCGGCUUGCUGCUCUGCAGCAUUGGGCUUAUGCAUGCCAUGCCAUGGACGAUGCACUUGCAUGGAAUGUACGGACUUCUUCAGGCACAUGGAUUAUAUGGUCCUGGCGAGCGAACAGAAUUCCGGAGACAUUUAUUGGAAGUGAUGGGAGUCAUGGAUCUACCAACGUUUACUGUUGGCCGCAGCACCUCUCUUGGCUUCUGGCGACAACAUUGUCGCGACCGAACUUCCUUGCAGCACCCCCUCGGUGACGAGGUUGAGGUGGUCAGUGGCCUGCCCAGGUCGUUGUUAGAUAUUAUCUCGUGUAUCGGCCACGGGGCUACUGAGGAGGACUUUUGGAACUGGCCCGGUAGCCCGGGUAGUCUAUCGCAGCACCAGCUGUGGGAGGCAUAUCGACUAGCCGGGUUGUUGGCUAUCAGAUAUAACCACCUACUUCUAGUUCCACAACCCAAUGGAGCGUUAACCGGAUCGACCGUGCAACCGAACGGUGCCAGCAGCCUGACCUUACCGUCCACUACUGUUCUUGUCUCCCGAAUUGUGAGCCACCUGGACGCCAUUCGUAGAGCGUUUACGGAAACAGAGGGCGCCGGGUCGUUGAUUUUCAACGCGAUCAAAUAUCCCGCCUUUAUCGCAGGGCUACAGACGGACAUCAUCAAUGCGCAACCUGAAUUAAAAGAUGUACUUCGAUGUUGUCUAUCCACGUAUGGCCAUCCACAUGGAUUCGAGAGAGAUUUCGAGCUAUUAUUAGAGGUUCUUGAGGAGUGGUGGGUACACCAUCAUGACAUGGCAAAUGCCCACGAACUCGCUUUGGCUCGUGGAAUGGAGAUUGGACUUCUCUAGCUGAGCGUGUCUGCCGUUGGUACUUACUGUGAAAUGGCAUUUGCUCGCCGUAGCAUAAACCAGCAACUGACGGCUCCGCCAUUGUCGGCCAACUCGACCUUCUCGACGACUUCAAACCCAAGUGUGGUGUAAAAUCCCAAAUUCUGCUCAGCUGUACAUUCCAGAACAAUGGGCGUA